AUGAGAAUCCCGUACCAGCUAACCGGAGCCGUUGCUCAAGAGCGAGCCACAUCUUUGACCUCGCAUAUGCAAGCUAUGAGCGCCUUAGAUUCUGCCAGGACUCUUGCCUGGCACCUCUCAACGUCACUUCUUUACUUUCCAACCUGGCUCAUUCUCGCAGGCAUCUGGAAAUCCCUUCUCUUUACUCAGACCAGCGUCGGUCUCCUUAUCCUCAUCCACCUCAUCACUGGCUUCGGACUCGCCAGCACGUCCCUGUUCAUCUCCGUUCCCUUUAGCAAAAGUCCGCAGCUGGCUGCUGUCAUCGCCACUGGGUUGUCCAUCGCUGUCGGCGUUGCGCCCAUGAUGUUAUACGAUAUCGGAACAUUCAUCCCAGGGGUACUGUCGUUCUUCCCCUCAAUGUUCUACCUCUUUUCCUUGAAAGCCCUUUCCGGGUUCGAGAUCGAGGGGCGCGCACCGAAGUUGUCCGAACCGGAUCCAAAUCAUGGACUCGCUCUCCAGCCAAUGAUUAUCGGGGCCUUGAUCGGAGUUUUUGUCUGGCCAUGCCUUGCUAUAUAUUGCGAACGUAUCAAGUACAGGAUCUCCAAUCCGUCGAACUCUGGGCUCUUUACAAAGAAAAUUAUUGUUGCAGAUACUUUGCAGCCUGGCAUCGCCUUGAGCCUGCGGAACGUUCGCAAAGUUUACAAUACAUCUGCCUUUCGCCGAAAGUCGAAGGAUGUUGUCGCCAUCGCUAAUUUGACUCUGGACGUGCCCUCGUACGGUAUGUUUGUCCUCCUUGGACCCAAUGGCGCCGGAAAGUCUACGACACUCUCGGUCAUUGGCGGUCUUGAACGAGCCAGCAGCGGCUCAGUCGUUUACGAAGGCAACGCUUCUCGUCCGACGCACGGCAUGCUCGGAAUUGUGCCGCAGAAGAACGUCCUUUCCAGAACUAUCCUGCUUGCAGACUCUACGCGUUUGGAGUGCAAUAUACGAACGAGGGCCUUGAACAGCUGCUUCGUGAUUGCGACUUGCAGUCCAAGGUGCAUGCUCCGGCAGGCACACUUUCGGGAGGUCAGAAGCGGAAGCUUCAGCUUGCAACUGGCCUUGUUGGCGGCUCGAAAAUUCUCCUCGUCGAUGAAUACUUUAACGAAAUAUCGCGGCGAACGCACGAUCCUCUUCACCACCCACUUCCUUGAUGAAGCAGAUUUCUUGGCUGACCAGAUCGCUGUCCUCGCUGCUCCUGGAAAGCUCAUCGUGGCGGAUACACCUGUCAGAUUGAAGUCGACAAUGGGCGAAGGGUACUCAGUGGCGAUCAAAUUCACCACCAACAUCCAGUGA